AUGGAGGAUAUUGUCCAGGAGCUCAAUGAGCUUUUUGCUUCGUCCGCCCCAGACGGGCUUCCGCAAGAUGUCCUCGCCGAGCUGCGAUCGAUGCUGAAGCUACAUGGCAUCACGCCACAGGAACUUUUCUACAAGUGGGAGUCGUACAGUAUAAAGAUGGGUACGGAAGAUACGACGCUGGAUCUCAAUACGGUACGCGCCUUCAAAAACGAUGUGCAGGACUCGGUGCAACGCGGGAAUCGAGAAAAAAACCAUCAGGUGCGAGGCACGGAGAAGAAAAGCGGGGUGUCGGCGACUCCUCGUGCUGGUAACACAGACGUCUUUGGGAUGCUUGACGAUCUGACGCCGGGGACUCCUCAAUCGCGCGCAAACGGUGUCAAUGGCUCUGCAAAGAGAAAAUUGAACUUCGAGACACCAUUAGGGAAUAAAGGAGGCCGACUGGAUAGCAAUAGGAAGCCUGCCGACUUUACAUCGCCUCUGAGAGCUAGUAACACAGUCGAAGGAGCCAUCCCAUUUUCUGCGCGACAGAACCCGGGCCAAGUUGUUGAAACACUGAACGGUCAUUUGGACAUGCCAAACACGCCGAUGGCCCCAUUUCCGGAACCACGUCUUCGACCAACAGCCAAUACAGACUUGAAGAAAUUCGGAUACAAGCCAAUGUCAAUGCGCUUGAACGAAGCCUCGGAGAUUUUGGAUGACAGAAUAGAUGAAUUCACGGAAAUUUUUGAGAAACACUACCCAGAUGCUAACUUUGGGGGUGCAGCUACACAAAGCACAAGCGAGAUAGUGGCAGUGGGACGGAUCGCCUCGGACAGUUUGGAGGGUAAGUUGAACCCAGCAUCCUUGGUGCUGGAGACAUCAAGACGUAGUGGGGCUGGUCGAAGGGUGCCCCUGAAGGUUGACGCCGUGCCUUCUGCUCAUUUUUUCCCUGGACAAAUCGUCGCGCUUAGAGGAAUCAACGCCUCAGGAGAAUAUUUCUCCGUCAAAGAGGUCUUGUCACCGCCAUUAUUACCUUCGGCAGCUUCGUCACCCGCUACCCUCGACACUAUCAACGAAAGACUUGGGGGUGAUGACGCAAACCAGCCAUUGAAUACAUUCUUCGCUGCGGGCCCAUAUACGACCGAUGACAACUUGGAAUUCGAACCUUUACACGAGCUAUGCAAGAAAGCUGCCGACCAAUACGCAGAUGCAGUCAUCCUCUGUGGGCCUUUCCUGGAUGUCGAACACCCCCUGAUCGCCUAUGGGGAUUUUGAUCUCCCAGACGUUCCUGGAGUGGACCCGGAUACGGCAAAUCUCACAACUUUAUUCCGCCAUUGCAUCUCACAGCCUCUGCAUCAGCUAUGUGCAUCUGUCCCUAGCAUCACAAUCAUCCUAAUGCCAUCAGUUCGUGAUGCUGUGAGCAAACACGUAUCAUGGCCGCAGGAGCAAUUGCCGAAAAAGGAGCUCGGAUUACCAAAGCAGGUUCGCAUAGUCUCGAAUCCAGUGACAAUAUCACUCAAUGAAUGCGUCAUUGGCAUGUGCUCUCACGACAUUUUGUUUGAUUUGCGGAACGAAGAAGUCCUGAAUGGACGACCAACAGAAGCCAGUUUAUUGAACCGGCUACCGAAAUACCUCAUCGAACAACGGCACUUCUCUCCCGUGUUUCCGCCGUCUUCUCGAGAGAGUCUACCUAAAACCGGCGGUCCAGACCGCAUGCUGCCGAUAGGUUCUAUGCUGGAUCCUAGCUAUCUGAAACUGGGAGAAUGGUGGAACGUGCGGCCCGAUAUUUUAAUUACACCUAGCAUGCUACCACCCUUUGUCAAGGUCGUUGAAAGCGUUCUUGUGAUCAACCCUGGAACAAUCUCAAAACGCCGAGCAGCUGGAACAUAUGCCAACAUGGCUUUGCAUCCUCGUGUUGUGAGUGAUGAGGAACGGCAAGAAAAACAUCUCGGUCAUCGUGCCUAUGAGCGAGCUCGCGUUGAUGUUGUACGUAUUUAG